AUGUGGAGGACGGUUGCCAUCUUAGUGCUCGCGGUAUCGUGUCAUGCCCUCCCCGCUCAAGACACGAGCCAUUCUGAAAAUGACAUCGAAGGAUUCAGCGACUGCCUCAAAAAGGACUCGACGUCAUGCCUCAAAUACAAAUUCUUCUCCUUCGUCGACAAAAUGAUGGGACAAAAGGACGCGUUCUCUUUAACAGAUGGUGUGACAGUUGUUCGAGCAAGUGAUGUGCCUCCAGAAACUGGUGCUCCUAGAUCUUUGGAUCCCGUCGAUAAAGUGAAGAACUACUUCGAGACCCAUUCUCUACGAGUCGAGGUCAAAGGGUCGGACGUUAUUGACACAGUGACCAGUGUGGGUCGUGCGCUAGAAGACACGGUGUCAUCGUUCACAGAAGACAAUGAUCUGUCCGAGGAAGGUAGAGGUAAAAAGAAAAAGGCGCAAAAGAUCCUGGGACCUUUGCUGGCGGCAGUGAUGUUGAAAAUGAUGGCGUUGAUGCCGCUCGCGAUCGGAGCUAUCGCUUUAAUAGCCGGGAAAGCGUUGCUGAUAGGAAAAUUGGCGUUGGUAUUGUCAGCAAUAAUUGGUUUGAAGAAAUUGCUAUCGCAACAGAAGCAUGUAACCUACGAGGUGGUGGCACAUCCACAGCAUUCGUCGAGUCACUCUUCGAGCCACGACUACGCCGGUGCGAGCGGUUAUGGCGGCGAUUCUGGAGGCUACAGCAGUGGCGGAGGCGGGCACGGUGGCGGAGGCUGGGGAAGAUCCGCCGACGCGCAAAGCUUAGCGUACUCCGCACAAAAGCAUUAG